AUGAAUCCCAAUGAAGUCAACCCUGUUGAUUUCCUUCUGGUGGUGAUCACAGGGGAAGACAUGUGUAUUUAUAUCUGUGUGACAAAAUUUCACAAAGUGCUGCCUGUACCUGAACACAUGUCAACCAGAGGCAGUGUGAAACCCUUUGUGCACUUCAAUGCAAAGCAAGAUGCAGAACUUUUGCGGAAGGCCAUGAAAGGGAUUGGUACUGAUGAAGAUACCAUCCUCAUGUUAUUGAUGGCUCGCUCGAAUGACCAGAGACAGGAAAUUAAAGCAGCCUAUAAAAAAGCUCAUGGGAAGGAUCUUGUAAAAGACUUGCGCUCAGAACUUGGAGGGAAGUUGGAGGAUCUUAUUGUUGCCCUUAUGUCUCCACCCACAAUAUAUGAUGCUUAUAAACUUCAUAAGGCCAUCAAGGGAGCAGGUACGGAGGACAAAGUUUUAAUUGAGAUCCUGGCCUCCAGGACAUGUAAUGAGAUAAAAGAUAUCGUCAAGAUGUACAAGAAAGAACAUGGAGGCAAGCUGGAGAAAGACGUCAUGGGAGAUACGUCAAGACAUUACCAGAGGUUGCUGGUGAUACUCAUACAGGCAAACAGGGAGGAGGGAGUGGAUGAGACCAGAGUGGAAAAAGAUGCCAAGGAGCUGUUUGCUGCUGGAGAGGAGAAAUUUGGCACAGACGAGGACAAGUUCAUCAAUAUACUCGGCAACAGAAGUGCAGAACACCUGAGGAAAGUGUUUGAUGCCUACAAAAAGAUCGCCGGCUGUGACAUUGAGGAGAGCAUAAAAGAUGAGUGCACUGGCAACCUGAAAGCAUUGCUCCUGGCUGUGGUGAAGUGUGCAAAAAGCAUGCCGGCUUAUUUUGCUGAAUCCCUUCGAGAGUCCAUGAGGUGUGCCGGCACUGAUGAUGAAACACUUAUAAGAAUCAUGGUGUCCAGAAGUGAACAGGAUAUGCUGGACAUCAGAGCGCAGUACAAGAAGAUGUAUGGAGAAUCACUCUACAGCACCAUACAGGAAGACACCGCUGGAGAUUACCAGAAGGCCCUGCUUUACCUGUGCGGUGGUAAUGAUUAG